AUGGAUACCGAUCACCCAGGCUACAACCAUUUUGGAGCGCCAAUCCCUGAGGAUGAAUCGAAAUAUGACGAUACGGGAAAGCCAGUUACUGACUAUAUUCCAAGCUACAUCUCGAGUAAACCCUGGUAUUACGAGGAAGACGCCCUCAAGGUCGACUCGAACCUGCGCAGGAAACGAGCGGCGGAGCCUGCAUCUGUGGACAAACUGCGACAUCAGCGGCUUGACCCUGACGCAGAGUUUGUACCAAACAGCGAGCCUCGAAAGGGCUCUGGGAUCGAGGACAAAUACGAUUUUGUGACUGAGGAAAUCCAAAGACGACGGAAGCUGCUCAGAAAGGGAGGCUGCGAGAACUGCGGCAGCACCAAGCACUCGAAAAAAGACUGUCUGGAGAAACCGCGUAAAAUCAGCUUCAAAUACCGCAAAGAAGAGCCCAAAAUCUCGUCUGGAGAGGUGCUUCGUGUUAAGAAAGACGCUCAAGAUUGGGAAACCAAACGAGAUCGAUGGCACGGCUUCAAUAACGAGGAAGACUACGAAGAGCAUCUUAAGACAAUGCGCGAAAUCGAGCACAAACGGAUCAAGCAAACGGCUGAGGAGGACCAUGAGUAUGACGAGGACGAGCUGGCAGAGAUGCAAGAGUUGGGCAUUGCCGAAGCUGUGGCUAAUUCCAAGACCAUGACCGCUAGCGGUACAAAUAUUCCAACCAGAGCUUUGGAUGAAAAGGCCAAAUAUCUGGAGGGUGUUGGCAUCACGGAGCAGGAGGAGCAAAUUGAAAAGGCAACCAUAGAAGACAACAAAUCGAAGUUUCUUAACGAAGAAGGCGAAUUCGUUCGACAGGAAUCUGGCGAAGCUGAGGAGUUUGAAAAGCAGAAACGAUUUGCAAACACAAAGCAGAACAAAGACGGUGGGAGAUUCGUACUAGGAGAGCCAUUGACUGGCCAGAAUUUGGCGUCUGAAGCGUCGCCAACUGCAGAAGCGCAGGAUAUGAAUGACAAGGAAAAAGAGAAGGAACUGAUUAGAGAAACAAAGAGGAGACAGCUGCUGGAGAAGUAUGGAGCAUUGUGAUUCGUCCGGGUAACACUGUUUUUUUUUGGUGAAUAAAAAAAAAAGGAGGGACAAACAACAGCAUUUAAACAUAGGCAAUAAAGAUGCAACAAGAGAAUCCAGGGGCUCCAAGCUCUGAGGAGACUCGAAGAGACCAGGAAGUCGCAUUGAAGGCGAUUCGCACAUUUCUCCAGAGCAAGAAUUCAUUCGACGUUCUUCCGGUGUCAUACCGACUGAUUGUUUUCGAGACUUCGUUGCUGGUUAAGCGGGCACUAAACAUCUUGCUACAAAACAGCAUUGUCUCCGCUCCACUAUGGAAUAGCAAGACCUCCAAGUUUGCUGGAUUGCUCACUUCCACAGAUUUCAUCAACGUCAUCCAGUAUUACUCUCAAAACCCAGACCAGUUUCAGUUUGUGGAUAACUUGACACUCGAUGGCUUGCGAGACGUAGAGAAGAAAUUAAAUGUUUCGCAACUGGAAACUAUCUCCAUCCACCCAUUCAAAUCGCUGUAUGAAGCAUGUGUGAAGAUGAUUGAGAGCUCUGCAAGACGGAUACCCUUGAUUGAUAAGGACGAGAAGACAAAUAGGGAGAUUGUUGUGUCUGUGCUUACGCAAUACCGGAUCCUUAAAUUUGUCAGUAUGAAUUGCAAGGAGGCCCAUAUGCUGCUGCAACCGCUAAGCGAGCUCAACAUCGGAACAACCCAGAACCUGUCGGCCGUUCGAAUGGAGACGCCUGUGAUGGACGUCAUCCAUAUGCUGAUUUCGAACUCUGUGAGCUCGGUUCCAAUCGUUGACGAGCAAAAUAAGCUGGUGAAUGUUUACGAGGCCGUAGACGUUCUUUCACUAAUCAAAGGUGGGAUGUACGCAGAUCUGUCGCUGAGCGUGGGCGAGGCACUCAUGAAACGAUCUGACGAUUUCGAAGGAGUGUACACCUGCACGCUGAAGGACAACCUGUGUGUGAUUCUAGAGACAAUACGCAAGUCUCGUCUUCACCGUCUGUUCCUCGUGGACGAUGAAGGCCGCUUGGUGGGGGUGCUUACCUUGAGCGACAUCCUUAAGUACAUUUUGUUUGCAUGAAAACGCUGAUUUUUUUGCUCUGCACAGCCCUAAACCUGAUAAGUAUCUACCUGAAAAAUGGAGCAAAG